AAAAAAAAAAAAAAAAAAAAAGAACAUAAGAUAUUAACAAAACCUGUAUAUUUAUUUAUUCAUAAGAUAAUUGUCAGCACUCAGCAGUGGUGAUUGGCGUAGUGGAAGUAGAGCAGCAGGCAAGUCCACUGGGUUCUGGUGAUCCCAUUCACCUAGUUUCCAGUUCCAGAACAACCUUGAGGGGUAUGGCCCAGGCUGCACAAAACCCAGCAGUAAAGCCUCAGAAAGUGGUAGUACCAAAUAAGCAUGGUGAAAAACUCGUGGGUUUAUUGCAUGAAACCGGAUCUAAGGAGAUUGUGAUCUUAUGCCAUGGUUUGCAAGCCACAAAGGAAAGAAAAUUAAUUGUGAAUAUAGCAGUUGCAUUGGAAAAUGAAGGAAUUAGUGCCUUCCGUUUUGACUUUUCUGGAAAUGGAGAAAGUGAAGGUUCAUUUGAAUUUGCAAAUUAUCAGAAAGAGGCUGAUGAUUUACAUGCUGUAGUCCAACAUUUCUCUGGAGCAAACCGCAUAAUUGGUGGAAUUCUUGGGCAUAGUAAAGGAGGCAAUGUGGUGCUUGUGUAUGCUUCUAAAUAUCAUGAUAUCCAUUCAGUUAUCAAUGUUUCCGGACGUUAUGAUCUGAAGAGAGGCUUUGGAGAUACAUGGGGAGAAGACUAUAUGCAAAGAAUCAAGGAGGAAGGAUUUAUUGAUGUUAAAAAUGAGAAUGGAAGUGUGGACUAUCGUGUAACCUUGGAAAGUUUGACGGAGCGCCUAACAACUAAUAUGCACACUGCAUGUCUUCAAAUUGACAAGGAUUGCAGGGUCUUGACAGUUCAUGGAUCUGCUGAUGAAAUAAUUCCGGUUGAAGAUGCAUAUGAGUUCGCCAAGAUAAUACCAAAUCACAAACUGCACAUCAUAGAAGGAGCAGAUCAUCAAUAUACCAAUCAUCAAGCUGAGUUAGCCUCUGUUGUUUUGGAGUUCACAAAGUCAUGCCUGCAUCAGCACAAGGCCAGCUUCUAGCUAAGACAUUUCUCUAGUUUCUUCGCUAUUGAAUGUACUUUUGUGAUAUGCUUCUGCUGCGAAUUUCAAGGGCUAAAUGCUUUUGAAUUGUCUGCUAAACUUUGGUCAGGAAUGUUAAAAGAACUCCAUUAUAUAAAUCCAAUGUCUCUUAAACCUUUAGUUUGUUUUGGUUACA